AACUCAUUGUCAGUACCAGCAGUCGUGCGCGAGAAUUCCAAACGAGCAGAUCGCUUUGACUUGAUCACGUUCAACAUAUUACAUUGGAUUAUAACCUAAAGGUGCCUCACACAACUGCAAACAGUGAUAUCGACAAUAAACUUUCACCGGUGUUCUUUAUCUCGAACGAAAGAAGGUUUAAUCGCAUAUUCCGAUUAAACCGUCUAUCAUGGAGUGCUGUACGAUAAUCUUAUCAAUAUUAGUUAGCGUAUUGGCCAUUUAUUAUUACUCGUUCCGCAAAAACACGAAUGCGUUUCAACAACAUGGAGUUCCACACGUAAAACAAAUAUCUGUCUUAGAAUGGAUUUGGAGAGUUAUAAUCCGACCAAGAAGCUUCGCCGAAGCUGUUCAAAACAUUUAUGAAGUGCAUCCCGAUGCUAAGUACGUUGGCGCUUUUAAUUUCUCACAAUUAAUCAUAGUGCUCCGUGAUCUUGAACUGAUUAAGUCUAUUGGUAUCAAAAAUUUCGACUCGUUCCAAGAUCAUCAAUUUUUUGGCAAUGACACUCAAGAUCCACUAUUCGGAACAAAUCUAUUCGCCCUUCGCGGCGAUAAGUGGCGCGAAAUGAGAGUGCUUUUGAGUCCCGCUUUUACAGCUAGCAAGAUGAAAACCAUGUUUCAGUUGAUAUCCGAGUGCGCUGUGAAUUUUUCGGAGUACUUGAUGAACGUACCGUCAGACAAACGCGUUAUGGAAAUGAAAGACGUUAGCAUGAGGUACGCUAAUGACGUAAUUGCCUCAUGCGCCUUUGGUAUUAAUGUGGAUUCGAUGAGAGAUCGGGAGAACGAUUUUUAUAUUUACGGUUCAAAAUCGGUAGAUUUUGGUCUAAUUAACAUUAUAAAAAUCAUGAUGCAUCAACAUAUGCCGACACUCGUACGUCUGUUUAAUAUAAAGUUAAUGGAUGACCGUACUAAGGAUUUCUUUGUAAACCUCGUAGCCGAUACUAUAAGGACCAGAGAAGAAAAAGGUAUUACUCGUCCGGAUAUGAUUCAGCUGCUGAUGGACAGUAAAGAUAAAAGGGAACCCGGUAAAGAAUUGUCCAUUUUGAACAUGACAUCGCAGGCGUUUAUCUUUUUUGUCGCUGGGUUCGAGACUAGCUCGACGCUGAUGAGCUUCGCGGCGCAUGAAAUUGCUGUUAAUCCAGACGUCCAAGAGAAGCUGCGAAAUGAGAUCGACAAGGUUUUGGAAGACACGAACGGUCAUCCGUCUUACGAGGCAAUCAACGGAAUGAAGUAUCUGAGUGCAGUUAUCAAUGAGGCUCUCAGAAAAUAUCCGGUGCAAGUAAUGACGGAGAGAUUAUGUACGAAAGAUUUCGAGCUGCCCCCCACACUGCCGGACGCAAAGCCGUUUCUUGUGAAAAAAGAUACGAAUGUCUGGAUCCCGCUUUACUCGCUUCAACGCGAUCCGCAGUACUUUCCAGAACCGGAAAAAUUUAAACCCGAGAGAUUCCUCGACGAGGGAGAUCAGUGUAAUUUUGACGCUUAUCAUCCAUUUGGAUUAGGCCCGAGAAUGUGUAUCGGCAAUAGAUUCGCAUUGCUGGAGACGAGGACUUUAUUAUUUCACCUUCUGGCUCGUUGUCAAUUAAAGCCGUGCGAGAAGACUUCGACAACUGUGAAGUUGAAGAAAGGCGGAUUUCAAAUGCGGAUUGAAGGCGGUUUUUGGUUGAGCGUUGUACCGAGAGAGAACCGACAUCCUACGAUUACAAAAGCACAUUAGUCGUGUUGAUUCUAAAUUUUUUAUGCACGCUAAUCUUUUAUUCUGAAUUUUUACACUAAGUUCUAAGAAUUUAAUAGUGGCUCUUUCAUGUAGUCCGAAUGAUGUGAAGAAUUAUUUUGCAUGUACAAACUACAGAAGUUUAAUAUUAAGCAAAUGCUUUCAGGAAUUGACAUCUUUACAUACAAAUGCAAAUGUAAAUUUUUUUUUUAUCCUUGGCAUGAAGUCAUUCUUUUUAUUAAUCGUUGGUCUGUACGUUUACAUUAUGCAAAAGAACUUUAUAUAAAGAAAACAUUAGGUAUAUGUUUACUAGAUACAAAAAGAAACUUUUAAACAUUGAUAUGAAAUACAUAACAAAUUUUAAUCGAUAAUACGUAUGAUAUAUAAAAUAGGAAACAUAAUAUGUAUUGGCAAAUGUAUAAUGUAUGUAGAUUUAUUUAGUCUUAUAACACACUAUUGUACAAUAACUUACAACAAUGUUUAACUCAAUACAUAUAUACAAGUUCAUGUUUAGACAUGAAUGAGUAGCGACUAAAGUAUUAGGAAUACUUUUCUUCGACUUGUAAGUAUGACGUCACGUUUAAAUUUAAUUGCUUUUUCCGUUCUUAAUUAUUACAAAUCGUGUAUUUAUCGUAUGUACGCACACGUGAGUAUUUAACAGAACGAUCGAACAGUCUUAUGCUAUGAGGAGCACAAAAGGAUCAAAUCAUUCUCGAGCAAACAUUAAACAUUAUUACAAAAAUGCAAUAUUAUUUUUUGAUCAGUCGUAUAUAAUUUAAUAAUCCUUUUCGGUUAAAAGGAUAAAAAAAUUGCCAGCUUGAUAAUUUAGUCCAAAAGGUUUACUCGCGUAAUCAUGUGAAAAUGCAUUCAAUUAAAUGAGAGAGAGAUAAUGCUAUUGCAGAAACGUGUGGCAGCUUAUCUAUGCGAAAAUCGGAUGACAUAACAUUAACGAUCAUCACGUGAGUUUUUACAGUUUCUCUCCGCUGAGAUUGAGCACAUUGUAAUAUGAGUGAUCUGGAAACCUGUCGAGCUCAAUAUAGUCUGUCUCGUCAAGCAGCAAGCCUUCGGUCAAGUUAACGAGCUCGGCAAAGGACGGUCUACAUGCUGGAUCCUUGUCCCAGCAAUAGUACAUAAUAUUGUAAAGUUCUCUUUUACAGUGCUCAGGCCUGUCCAGUCUGUAGCCUUCUUUGAUCUUCCGCAUUACCUGAAAAAAUAUUUUGAUGUAAUAUAUUUAAAAUCAUUUGUUGCG